CCAGGGCCUUGUUGUUGGUGUCAGUGAUGGCGGCUGCGGCGGUAGUAGCUCCGCAGGCUGAGGCCUCGGAGUCCUGGUACUUGGCGUUGCUGGGUUUCGCAGAGCACUUUCGAACUUCUAGUCCCCCGAAAAUCCGUCUGUGUGUGCACUGCCUGCAGGCCGUCUUCCAGUUCAAGCCGCCGCAGCGCAUCGAGGCCCGGACUCACCUGCAGCUCGGCUCCGUCCUGUAUCACCACACGAAGAACAGCGAGCUGGCCCGUCAGCACCUGGAGAAAGCGUGGUUAAUUUCUCAGCAAAUUCCUCAGUUUGAAGAUGUUAAGUUUGAAGCUGCAAGCCUACUGUCUGAGCUGUAUUGCCAGGAGAAUUCCGUGGAUGCCGCCAAGCCUCUUCUACGUAAGGCAAUCCAGAUCUCUCAACAGACGCCAUACUGGCAUUGCAGGCUUCUCUUCCAGCUCGCACAACUUCACACACUUGAAAAAGAUUUGGUGUCAGCAUGCGAUCUUCUUGGAGUUGGCGCAGAGUACGCACGUGUGGUGGGCUCUGAGUAUACCAGAGCAUUGUUCUUGCUGAGCAAAGGAAUGCUUUUGCUGAUGGAACGAAAGCUACAAGAAGUACACCCCCUGCUCACUUUGUGUGGACAGAUUGUGGAGAAUUGGCAGGGCAAUCCCAUUCAGAAAGAGUCUUUACGGGUUUUCUUCCUGGUUCUUCAAGUGACACACUAUUUGGAUGCAGGACAGGUGAAAAGUGUGAAGCCAUGUCUCAAACAACUACAACAAUGCAUUCAAACCAUUUCAACGCUUCACGAUGACGAAAUUUUACCUAGCAAUCCAGCUGAUCUCUUCCACUGGCUGCCUAAAGAGCACAUGUGUGUCCUGGUUUACCUGGUGACAGUCAUGCACUCCAUGCAGGCAGGAUAUCUUGAGAAGGCUCAGAAAUACACAGAUAAGGCCCUAAUGCAGUUGGAAAAGCUCAAAAUGUUGGAUAGCAGCCCAAUCUUGUCCUCCUUCCAAGUAAUUCUGCUGGAGCACAUAAUAAUGUGCCGUCUGGUGACAGGCCACAAAGCCACCGCCUUACAUGAGAUCUCUCAAGUCUGCCAGUUAUGUCAGCAGUCACCCCGACUUUUUUCUAAUCAUGCGGCCCAACUUCACACGCUGCUGGGUUUAUACUGCAUCUCUGUGAACUGUAUGGAUAACGCAGAAGCACAGUUUACAACGGCGCUGAGGCUCACCACACACCAAGAGUUAUGGACGUUUAUAGUGACAAACUUGGCAAGUGUUUAUAUUCGGGAAGGAAACAGACAACAAGAGCUUUAUAGUUUACUGGAAAGAAUUAACCCAGAUCAUAAUUUCCCUGUGAGCUCGCACUGUCUCCGCGCUGCUGCCUUCUAUAUACGGGGGCUCUUUUCUUUCUUUCAAGGCAGAUAUAAUGAAGCAAAGCGAUUUCUGCGAGAGACUUUAAAGAUGUCAAAUGCUGAGGAUCUGAAUCGAUUAACUGCGUGCUCUUUGGUGCUUCUUGGCCACAUCUUCUACGUAUUAGGAAAUCACAGGGAGAGCAACAAUAUGGUUGUUCCAGCCAUGCAGCUGGCUAGCAAGAUUCCAGAUAUGUCUGUACAGCUAUGGUCAUCCGCUCUGCUUAGAGACCUGAAUAAAGCAUGUGGAAAUACAAUUGAUGCUCAUGAGGCUGCACAGAUGCACCAAAACUUCUCCCAGCAGCUGCUACAGGACCACAUAGAAGCCUGCAGUCUUCCAGAACACAAUCUCACAACGUGGACAGACGGGUCACCACCUGUGCAGUUUCAGGCUCAGAAUGGCCCAACUACCAGCCUGGCUAGCCUCUUGUGAAGACAAAGUCCUUCAGUGUAUAACGGACAGACCCAGCACUUGCUGUAGAGGAUUUUUCUCUUCAUCCAAAACUUUGGAGAGUCUACAACUGCAAGAAAAUGCACAAUGCAGUUGAGAUGAAGGGAUGUUUUGUUCUGGACUUGCAAACAGGAUGGAAAGGAAUUUUAUGUCCUCCGUUCAGUGACUCUGGAAUUAAGAGACCGAUCUAUCUACAUGCUGCAAAAUUUUGACACUCCCUUGUCUGCAAGUAAUUGCUCCCCCCGAGUGUAUGCUGCGUGGGAAAAGGUCAAGCUUUCCCAACAGCACGAUAAGGGGUUAAAUUACCUUGGAACAAUAUUUUUGUGCUAUAUUUAAUAUCUGCCUUCAGCUUUGUUUCCCUCUACUGAAUAGAUUUAACAGAGAAGGGCAUUUUUUAAAUUUUAUAUCCAUAAAUAUUAUAUAUAUAUAAUACUUAAGUUUAUCAAUGUUUUAAAACUUUUCUGUGCACAAAAAUACGGUUUUGUUGGGCUAGGGGAGGUUUAUUCUUUCCCUCUUUCAUUCCCCCUUUUGGAUAAAUUAUAUUUUCACGGGAAUGGUUUUGAUAUUUGAUAUAGUUUUGUAGGCAAGCAUUACACAGCCGUGACGACAGCAUAGAGGUGGCCAAAGGAUUAGGCAUCAAGUCAUGUGACUUACACUGGGUUCACACCUGAGUGUUUUACAGCGCGUUCAAACGCGCUGUAAAACGCUCCACAUGAAAACCAAUGCUUCCCUAUGGCCCUGGUUCACACUUGAGCGUUUUACAGCGCGU